GAUGGCGCCGCUGCGCUUCGGGCGAGGCCUCGCGCGGUUCCUUCUCUCCAACACUUUUGUGGUGGUGUUAUUGUCACUGGAGCUGGUGGUGUGGCGCAGCGGCGCGGCGGCACUGGCCAACUGCCCCAGCGGCUGCAGCUGCAACGACGACACGCUCGUGGUGGUGUGCCAGGAGAGCCGCCUCGACGUGCUGCCCAUCGCGCUCAACCCCUCCAUCCAGCGGCUCAUCAUCCGCAACAACAAAAUCAAAACCAUCGACAGCUCCAUGCAGUUCUACGCGGAACUGCAACACCUCGACCUCUCCCAGAACCACCUCGUCAACAUACCCAUAAAAAGCUUUGCUUAUCAACGCAAGCUGCAAGAGUUGCACCUCAACAGCAACAAACUAUCCUCAGUAACGAACACCACCUUCCAAGGCCUCAAUUCCCUAACAGUACUGAACUUAAAACGAAAUUUCCUCGAGGAACUCACGAAUGGAGUCUUCUCAACCCUCCCCAGAUUAGAAGAACUUAAUCUAGGACAAAACAGAAUAUCUAGAAUAGAACCCAGAGCAUUCGCCGGACUCUCUGCCUUAAGAAUACUAUAUUUAGAUGACAAUCAACUAAGUUCAGUGCCUACGACUUCCUUCAGUCUACUGGGAAGUCUCGCCGAGUUACAUGUUGGCCUUAACGCGUUCUCGUUUCUGCCAGACGAUGCGUUUGCUGGGCUGAACCGGCUGGCAGUUCUAGAUUUGAAUGGAGCUGGACUCUCAAAUAUUAGUGAAGACGCUUUCAGAGGACUUCCUGGAUUACGGAGCCUCAACCUGUCUGGAAAUAGGUUAAAUGUUGUACCGACACAGCAAUUGUCUGGUCUUACGAGAUUAGAAGAAUUGUACAUUGGACAAAACGACUUUUUCGUGUUAGAAAGUCACUCAUUCAAAGGCUUGAAAAAUCUCAAGUUACUUGAAAUUGUGGGCUCACCAAUACUGGAGAGGGUCGAAAAAGGAGCAUUCGAGGACAACAUUAAUUUGGAAACAGUAACUCUGAUUAAUAACAAGAAAUUGUCAAUCAUCGAAGAAGCUACUUUGUUAGGUUUGCCAAAACUAAAGCACGUGUCUCUGAGGGAUAAUGCUAUUGUGACCUUGAGUGACUCGGUUUUUAUCGGCAAGGAGCUGAAACAACUGGAUUUGAGCGACAAUCCCAUAUUCUGUGAUUGUCAAAUUCUUUGGCUUCAAGAAUUGUUAACUGAAAAGACAAACUUCACUCAAGUUCAAUGUGCGGCUCCGGACAAUGUAAAAGAAAGGAAUUUGAAACACCUCGGUGCUGAGGACUUGGGCUGCAUGCUCCACGACACGCGGCAGCAGACUAUUAUUGGCAUAAUCGUCGUGGCUUGCGUGGCCACAAUCGUCACUCUAGUGCUAAUUUUGUAUAGAUACCGCAAGAGUAUGCAGGAGAAGCUGAAGGAUUACAAGUGGAACAAGGGUCGCAAGAACCUCGAGUACCACAAGCCCAUCUCCACGGAGGAGGACUGCAUACUAGAGCUUUACGCCUCCCCGAGCGUGUUCUUCAUGUCGGGCGGCCAGGGCUCGGCCCGGCGGCCGCAGCGCUCGGGAGGCGGCGGCGGCACUCUCCCCGCCAACGGAUUCACGUACAUCGGCGGCGACCCCCGCCACCAGCCGAUGACGCUCAACAACGGCGCCCCGGCGCACCACCUCAACAACGGGUCGCUGCGCUCGCUGCCGGACAAGAAGAACAACCGGAACGGCGUCGUGUGCCACCCGGAGAACUUCCAGCGCAACCUGGACACGCGCUACUCGCGCAAGCAGGAGAACGGCUACCUGCGCAACUCCGAGACCAUCCUCGGCUUCCCGCGCGCCGAGCGCGAGCUGCGCGAGAGCGACUACAGCGAGCCCGAGUACUCCGUGAUCCCGGAGGCCUACGCGCGCGACGAAUACCGCGCCUGCGCGCACUCCAACACCUUCAACUGUUGAGCCGCGCUCGCGCCACGGACUCUCCUCAAUCGUUUGUGAUCUUGUAAUUCUAGCAAUAAAUCUUCAUUCCAUUAAGUUUUCUAUGGACGGACUGAUGUGACGGGACGUAGUGCUCUAGAGCGGUUAGUGACGUUAGUGACUCGGGUCCGGUGUACGUAAGACCAGUGAGGACUAUCCUAUAUCGUAAUUCGGUUUAAAAGAGUACCUUAUUUGUAAAUUAUAAAUUUAAGUAGUGAUGGAUCUAUUUUUCAAUGGGUUGUCGGGCAUGGAAGUGUGACUUUCAUCGAGUCGUACAAUGUACAGCUAGUCGCGGCCGGGUGUGCGCACGAGUGCGGCGCCGCCAUCGCAAACAUGUGAUUGUAAUUAUUUCUACCAGUGCGGUGGAAUUUGUAUUUGAUUUUGUACAAAAACCAUUCCAUAAGAAAUCUUUUAAUGUCUAAUAUUUUAUUUAUAAAUGAAUAAAUUAAGUGUGCGUUAAAUAAGACACCAAUAUGAAGAAUAUUAGAGAUAAUGAUGUAAAUAUAUUUAUACUAUAUUGAGAAAUUUAUAAAAUUUAAUACGAUCUUGUUCUUCUAAAAUUAUCAUAAAAUUAUUUCGGUAUUUCUGAUAUUGUAUUGUUUGCUAUAUCGACUGAUAUCCUACUUAUGAGAUUUCGUACUUCUGUCACUAUUAUUGUAUAAUAUCCACUUACACCGACUUCGUAUUGUGUAGGUACAGGAGCACCCGUUGUUUCGCUUGGCUCAUCCAUUUGUGUAAUGCUCAAUCCUAAUAUUGUAUUGUAAUUUACUUAUUAAGAUUGUUGGAAUUACUUGCCCUACUUAUUUACUGUGUCAUAUAUCGCUGGAGCUGCGCAGUUGUUAUUUUAUUUUUUAAGUUAUCAUUUCUUAAACUAGCUACCGUUUUCAUUUACUCCGUUGUUUUUGUUAUUACAAAAUGAAGACUGUGUGUAUGUUUGCUGUCUGAGGAAAUAGAUUAGAUUGCUUUAUAUAAAACCAAAUGUUUUCUAGACUUAAAUAUAAAAUAGAUAGUCGAGAAAUUAAGUUACCACAGAUGACUUAAUAUCGUUAGGUAGGUAAACUUAAUUUCUGGAUUAAUUAAUAUGAUAUACGAAUACGAAGCAAUAAAAAGAGUUCAAAAUAGCCGGUGCACUGUAAACUGUUGCAUUGUAAUGUAAU